AUGGAUUCUGAAGAUGAAAUAGCGUAUUUUUAUUACGAAUCUCGGCAAUUCAGUCCGAAAAAGAACGAAGAAGAACCAGUUUUAAAAGAAAAGGCUUCAGAAAAGGCUUCAGAAAAGGUUUCAGAAAGAGCACCAGUCUUUGAUCACUCAUCGGAUGAAGAGAGUGAUGAUGACAGUGAAGAGAUUCGAAAACUUGAAUUUUAUACAAGAAAAAUUUCAUCUGAUAAUGAUAAUUUGUGUUUUGCAGGUAAAACGGAAAAGAUCAAAGAAAAACAAGCUGUGAAAAAGAAGAAUCAUAAAGCAGCAACUGUUAAAGAAAAAGAUGAUAGUGAUGAUGAUAAUUCGCAGGUUAAAAAACAAGAUGACAGCGAUGAUGAAGAUGUUCGAGUGUUAAAGAAGCAGGUUAAAGAAAUUCCAGCUUUCAAGGUUGAAAAGGAAGCUGAUGCAGAAAAGAUACCUGAGAAAUGUGAAAAUUGUGAUACUGUGAAAAGGAUUUAUCCUACAGUAGAAGGCAUGAAAGCAUUUGAAGAAGAGGAUAUUGAAGUAAAGGAUAUUGGAAACUUUAAGCAAAGGAAAGUUUCCGGUGUUUGCGCGUUUGUGUUUGCCAUAUAUUGA